AUGACUGAAGAAAAAAAACUUACUCCGAAAUUAAAUGAGAGGAUUCUUUCAUCUUUGUCAAGGAAAUCAGUAGCUGCACAUCCUUGGCAUGAUCUUGAAAUUGGACCAUCAGCUCCCCAGAUUUUCAAUGUUGUUGUUGAGAUAUCACAAGGAAGCAAAGUCAAAUAUGAACUUGACAAGAAAACAGGACUAAUUAAGGUUGAUAGGAUUUUGUACUCGUCUGUGGUCUAUCCUCAUAACUAUGGUUUCAUCCCUCGCACCUUGUGUGAAGACAAUGAUCCACUGGAUGUUUUAGUUCUCAUGCAGGAACCUGUUAUCCCGGGGUCAUUUCUGCGUGCCAAAGCCAUCGGAUUAAUGCCCAUGAUUGACCAGGGAGAGAAAGAUGAUAAGAUUAUCGCAGUAUGUGCUGAUGAUCCAGCCUAUAAUCAUUACAAUGACAUUGGGGAGCUUCCUCCUCAUCGCCUCACUGAGAUUCGUCGCUUCUUUGAAGACUACAAGAAGAAUGAACACAAAGAAGUUGCAGUGGACGAGUUUUUGCCUUGCUCAACUGCCGCAGAGGCUAUUCAGUACUCGAUGGAUCUCUAUGCCGAGUACAUAAUGCUCACCUUAAGGCGGUAA